CGUGCACUUUUGGGACGUUUUGGGUGUGUAAGAAGAGUGUUGUGGUUGAAGCUUGUCUUCUUCGUCUUCCUCUUCCUCUUCCUCUUGCGUUUCUGUUCUUUUCUUCACGGUUCCUCUCUUUGCUUCCACGCAUUCCAAUCUUCUCUCUCUCUCUCUCUCUCUCUCUCUCUCUUCGUCGCUUCCCAAUUGCUGAUUCCGAUUUCUUAGACCUCUUUUCAUUUUUUAAUCUCUGUUUGGUUCGUCACAAAUUCAUACAUCCCUUAUUCACUCCCACCGACAAUAGUUUCAUUUUUCCCUCCUUUCUUUAAUUGGAACCGUUUGUUUCGAGAAUCAAGAGUGUGGGAAAAAAAAAAAGAAGAGAAGAUUUUGGAAUUCGGUCCUUGUUUCUUUUCCAUCUGAUACUUUCCUCCGUUUUCUCUCUGACCAAAACGGAGGAGUAUAUAGUACUUUCUUGAAAAAUUAAGGAUUCGGAAAAUGCUGGGAACUGCACUGCAAUUUAGGGGUGUUCGCGGUGAGGAUCGGUUCUACAUUCCGGUGAAGGCAAGGAAGAAUCAGAAUCAGCGCAAACAGCUUCACAGACCCAAGAACGCUUCUGGACCUGAAACUACUGAUUCAGCUCCGAAGACUAAGCUUCUAGAUUCCGAGAAUAACAAUUCCAAUGAUGAAUCUUUGUGUUCUUUGUCAAAGCCAUCUCCUUGUGAAUCUGUAGAAACUGCUAGUAACAUUGAUAGGUUCUUGGAGUCCACAACUCCAUUAGUCCCCGCACAGUAUUUCUCAAAGACAACAAUGAGAGGUUGGAAAACUUGUGAUGUUGAGUAUCAGUCUUAUUUCACGCUUGAUGAUCUGUGGGAGUCAUUCAAGGAGUGGAGCGCGUAUGGUGCAGGAGUGCCCUUGCUUCUUGAUCAGAAUGAAUCUGUUGUACAAUAUUAUGUACCUUAUUUGUCAGCCAUCCAACUGUAUGGUCAAUCUUCUCAGAAGUCAAGUGCUAAGCCAAGGUACACCAGUGAAGACAGUGAUGGUGAUUAUUACAGAGAUUCAUGUAGCGAUGAAAGCAGUGAUUAUGAAUAUGGGAAAAGGACUGAUCAGUUUAUAGGACAGAGUAGUCAAUAUCUUACAGGUGAUGUUUCUUUAGGAAUGAGCAGGCUUUCUGUACAUGAUAAGCCCAAUACAAUACAAGAAGGCUUUUCCAGUGAUGACAGUGAAACUGGAAAUCCUCAGGAUCUAGUUUUUGAGUAUUUUGAACCAGAUCCUCCUUAUAGCCGUGAACCAUUGGCUGACAAGGUACUAUAUCUUGCACGCCACUAUCCUGGCCUAAAGUCAUUAAGAAGUUGUGAUUUAUUGCCAGCUAGUUGGAUGUCUGUGGCAUGGUAUCCUAUAUAUCGAAUACCCACAGGUCCAACAUUAAAAGAUUUAGAUGCCUGCUUUCUUACAUACCAUACACUACAUACACCCUCAACAGGUGGUGGUCGUACUCCGGCUCCCGUAUUGGUUUAUCCCAAUGAGAUGGAUGGCAUACCAAAGAUUUCAUUGUCCACUUUUGCAAUGGCCUCCUAUAAGUUAAAGGGAUCCAUGUGGAUGAAAAAAGGAGUUGGUGAGGGUCAACUGGUGAAUUCCCUCUUUCAGGCUGCAGAUAACUGGUUAAGGCUUCUUCAGGUGAACCACCCAGAUUAUCAGUUCUUUAAAUCAUGGCGCCGCACCACAGGUGAAGUAAAUUAGACGACACGUCAUUCAAUUCUCUCUGCUACGGCCAAAAGCUCAAAUCUCUGUGUUGAUUGCUUGGUGUGAAGUUGAUAAAAAGUCUAUCCAUCGAUGGAGAUUGUGGUAACUUGCCUAAGCAGUAGAAAAGAUGAUGCUGAAGUGGAAUGUUGGUUUAUACGGAGGAUGGAGAAAAAGAAAACUCUAUCAUAUAAGUGGAAGGCCUUAGUGAAAAAGGUGAAAAUCUAAUAAAGAAAAAAUGGCUAGAGGAAAUUGAUUAACAGGGAGCAUCUCCGGGAUCAUGCCACCAUUUGAAUAAUGGUUAAAUAUUUACAAAUAGUAGUAGUGAUUUCGAAGAAAAUGGGUGUUUGGUGUAUAACAAUAAGAAGGCGCAAAUUUGGUACUACUGUAUGAUAGCACUAAUGACUAAACUAUGAAUUAUAAUGCUAGUGCUGCAUCCUUGACUCUUUAGAUGCUGGUCGGUUUGGGAUAUGAAUGUUGUCAAGAAUUCUGUGGGUGUGUGUGGAAUAUUAUUACAAGACAACUUAUGAUUGAUGUUGAAAA